UCACUUCCAAUUUCCAAACCCUAGAAAUCAAAGGGAUUUCAUCGACGAUGUCAGGCCGUGGAAAGGGAGGCAAGGGGCUCGGAAAGGGCGGCGCAAAGCGCCAUCGCAAGGUCCUCCGUGAUAACAUCCAGGGCAUCACCAAGCCGGCAAUUCGUCGUCUUGCUCGUCGUGGAGGAGUUAAGCGGAUCAGUGGCUUGAUCUAUGAAGAAACUAGGGGGGUUCUCAAGAUUUUCUUGGAGAAUGUCAUCCGUGAUGCGGUUACUUACACGGAACACGCCAGAAGGAAGACUGUCACUGCCAUGGAUGUGGUUUAUGCUCUCAAGAGGCAAGGUCGCACCUUGUAUGGCUUCGGAGGUUGAGAAGGUCCUCUGAUUUUAGUGUACUUUUACUUGGAUUUUCUUUAGGGGUUUUCUAGAUCGGUUCUUGGGUGUUGAACUUCUUGUAAUUUAGUUUACCUGUUUUGCAAGUACUUUGUAUUUUUAUAAAAUUUGCGUUAUAUUUCACUAAUUAUAUGAAUCUAUGCAUCCAA